GUGGAUUACCAACACAGAAAAGAACACAAUGGCUAACAGCACCGUAGAAAGUACUCGUAAUAACACAAGCGACGAGAAAUGGAUGUCGUAUCUCCCAUCCGAGUGUAUUCCGUGGCUCGUCCUGCUCAUCACGGAAUGCUUGGCUAUAGUCAUCCUAAAUACCGCUAGUGCUGCUGUACUCUUGAAGAAGCACCACCUGCAGCGCAGGGGUACAUGCCUGAUCAUCCACCUGGCGAUCGUCGAUCUCCUAGUAGGGGCAGUGGCAGGUCCUACGUUUAUUCAACGGGUUGGGGCUACCUGUAACCUGUGGGAGAGGGCAGUCUGGUCUGAGAAGUACUCUUAUCUAACAAUAGCAUUGGGGCAGUCUCUCCCUUAUUUAUCGCUUUUGAAUCUCGCUGUUAUUUCAUUAGAGCGGGCACAUGCAACGUUUUUUCCUUUCAAGUAUCAUGCCGUUAAGAAAUGGGUCUAUGGAGUUAUAGUUACUGUAACUUGGUUGAUGUCUGCGACUGCUGCACUGGUGGGAAAAGAUAUAGGCACUAAAGGCCGCCACACUAUGUAUUUUUCGUUUUUUUCUGUUCUUCUUUUUGUAAUUUCUGUUUCUUACAUCUUGAUUUUUAACAAAGUCCGUUUUGGUCAUCGUUUGCUAAAUCAGGGCGCAGCAAGUGUGAGGGAAAGGAAAUUAACGAGUACGUUAUUUAUGGUGACUCUUGCCUCCAUACUGACUUGGUUUCCAUUGAUAAUUGGGCGAAGCCUAAACAGUUUUAAUCCCCAGUUACUUAAAAAGCUCAACCAACGACUAGCCUUUCACAUGUACAGCGGUGUAUUGGUGUUAUACCUCGCCAACUCGCUGAUAAAUCCUAUAAUCUACGCCAUGCGAUUGCCAGAAUUAAGACAAGGUAUUAUGAAGAUCGUAUUUUGCCGAAAUUCGAACAGUUCAAACCAGGACGACUCACCUCUUCGUAAUCGGUGAUUCAGUUCUCGUUUUUCUAACUGUAAGACGUAAUCGUUAUAUAGUGUUUACGUAACUCCUUCGUACAGUGUCAAUGCAUUAUCCAACCAAAUGGUACUGAUAAUAGACAAAUAUAUUAAUACGAAGGGCGUCCUGGUUUAACAUCAAAUCUCCAAGCUACU